UUCUUCACCUGCCCCGCUUAACGCGUUAAACCUGGCUUACGGUAAGCCUCGCUUAACGUUAAGCCGCACAUUUAAGCGAGGCUUAAAAAAUUACAUUUCUUCACCCCGGUUUAGCAAUCUGAGAGGCUCGCUUACCGUAAGCCGCGCUUAGGUAUAUUUCCCGUUUGGUCGCCCUAUUUUUCCAUUUGACCUGUCACUUUAAGCCGACGAUGAUUGUUUUGAUGUGAUACGCAAUCGAGAAAUUCGACAUUGAUCAUUAAUGAGGGCCAAUUUCGUAAAUGUAAUAAAUGAUUUUCAUGGAUUUUCCAUGUUGUUAUGUUUUUUUUUACUUUACUCAUCAAUUCUAUGCAACAGCAUGUGUUUUUCUUUUCACAGUAAUGAUGAAUGUUUCCUUGAGAAUUACAUAUUUCUCAACACAUAACACCAGGAAACAGUCAUUUUUAUAAAUAAGACUUUGGCUCUUAUGAGAUAGUGUCAGUAGUAGAAGAAUUGAAUCUAUUUUUCUGUUUUUAACAACUCGUUGGGACUUUGAACAAAAAGGUAAAGUAAAAUGACGCCGAAACUCGGAGACAAAAAGCGAGUCCGCUCGAUUAAUUUCACAGAUGCGGAAGAAGAAUUGCUGCUGAGAUUAGCAUUGAAUAGAAAAGACGUAAUUGAAUGCAAGGUCAGCGACGUUAAAAGGAACGACGAUAAAGUUCGCAUGUGGGAGGAAAUCACUAGAGAGUUCAAUACGAGCUGCCUCAAUACGGUGAGAACGCUGACAGUACUCAAAAAGAAAUAUGAAAAUAUAAAAAAGAACAUCCGUCAGGCGGUUUCAAAGGAGACAUUAUCGCGUAGAGCCACUGGUGGCGGUCGAGGCCCUGAAGAAUGGCGGCCAAAAUCAGAAGCGAUGGCUGAGCUACGAGAAGUAAUUGUUAGAGUGGGCAACCCCUCGCUACUUGUCAUACCUUGA